AUGGGGGCCCGCGGGCUGGAGGCGGCGGUGGAGCUGGUGCCGGGGGAGGCCCGUGAAAGCAGUACAAAGAGAGGGCAUACGGACGAUCAGCCUGUGGUGAUCCUUCUAGGUUGGGCAGGCUGCCAGGACAAAUACCUGGCCAAAUACAGUGCAAUCUACAGUCAGAAGGGGUGCACCGUCAUCCGCUACACGGCUCCAUGGAGGAUGAUAUUCUUCUCUGAGACCUUUGGCAUCAGAUCCCUCCAGACCCCAGCCAGGCGACUCCUGGAGCUGCUCUUUGACUACAGUGUUGAAAACAGACCAGUUCUUUUUCAUGUUUUUAGCAAUGGUGGUGUCAUGCUGUACCGUUACAUCAUUGAGGCGCUCCACACUCACACGCCUUUUAAGAACCUCAAAGUAGCAGGCACCAUUUUUGAUAGUGCCCCUGGCAGAAGAAACUUGAGAGGAGGCCUUCGUGCCUUGGCAACUGUCUUGGUAUCCAUGAAUGUGCUGCUCAAGUAUUUCCUCUUACUCGCUUUUGCUACUUCAGCUGUCGUGCUGCGGAUCUUGCUGUACCCAUUUACCCGCUUCAUCCACGAGAGCCACUAUGAUGCCCUGCUGAAAGCGCCCUCGCGGUGGCCUGAGCUUUACCUCUAUUCCCAAGCCGAUGCUAUCAUUAAGGCCAGUGAAGUUAAGCACAUGGCUGAUGCCCGGCAGCAGCUCGGUGUCUCUGUGAAAGCUGUAGACUUCUCGGAUUCGGCUCAUGUCAGCCAUAUGCGGGCGUAUCCCACCUAUUACAGCAACCUCUGUAUGACUUUCCUGUCUGACUGUGUUGGGGGCUCGCCUUGUUAGUGGUGUAAUGACCUCCAGUGUUUGCCUCUGUUUUGCUCAGCUUGUAUGGGAAAUGUCACCCCCUUUGCCUUUGUGUCUUUGAAGGGAGGAAAGUAGAGACUUCUUAGUUAUUCGGGUUUUUUUCCCCACCACCUACAGGUCUGAAAGCCUCCAGGCUGGCCUUUGGGCCAGCCACAUUAUAGCAGAGUGUAGGUAUGGAUUAUUUCAAAGUACUGAAGGUGAAAUCCUAGCAUGGUUGAAGUUGAUGUGCUUUACCAAGGUGUCACAGACCAGAAUUUCACACAGAGUGUUACUUGUUUCUUCAUGUCUCCUAUUGUUCUCUGCUUUCCGUGUUGUCUCCUUGUCCUUGAUGUCCAAUGUGCAUGUUCUGUUGCCUUGUACUGAUUUUACAAUACAGCUUUUCCAUGUCUUUGGUUUUUUCCUCUCUGCCAUUUCCUUUAUCUUGCAGUGAGCAAACAGAAGCAGCUCCA